GAGCAUGUACGUCACAAUCGGAAAAUACACACAGUAAGUUGUUUCCAAGAUCCUAAAGAAAUGUCACAACAUAAAGUGAAUAUAAAAAAAUACUCAAAAUAAUACGUAUUUUUUUUUUGUUAUCUACAAUGACAUUAGCAAUUAAUUACUCAUUAAAAUUCAAUGCAGUUAAUCCAAUAUACAUUCAGUAUUAAGCUCUAUGAUUUUACAAAAAUACACAAUAUUAUUGGCAAUCGUCGUAUAAAUGACAUAUCUCAUAACUCAUUAACAAAUAUAUUUUUUUUUUCAUAUGUGUCAUAUAUAUCAAAACAGUCAAAAAUAAAUACUAAAAAAAGUGCCGGUGAAUCAGCAAUGUAAUGCGAUAAAAAAUAUAAAAUUACUUUUAUGUUAUCAAGUUGUUUUAAUGACUAUUCUUUUUAUAUUAUUAUCAUUCGUUUAAAUAAUAUUUUUUAAAAGUUGUCUAUACCUAUGUAGUGUCAAUUUUAUUAUUUAUUUUUAUUUUUUGGAGUAAUCAGUGUGAAUUUCUUGCUGAUGGUUUUAAAAGGGUCAGUGAUCUUUUGACAUUAAUAUUAUUAUUUCUAUUAUGAUUAUUAAAUUUUUUGAAUUAAUUUGUUUCAAUUAUAAUAAAUUAACGAUAACGUUAUUGUUAUUAUUGUGAAAAGUUGUAUAAAAAAUAAGACGAUAAAAGGUGAUCGUCUUGAAAAUAGUUAUGGGGCUAAAUUCAACAUUUUUUUGGCUAUUUUCGGCCUGGUCAAUAAUUUUUAUGGGAUUUUUCCCCUUUGGAUAUACUUUUGCUGAUGCCAAUGGUCUUCCUGUCACAUCACAUUCAGUUUGUCCAUUACGACAAUUUCGAUGUGACAAUGGACACUGUCUUCCGAUGACCUGGGUUUGUGAUGGAACAGACGAUUGCAAAGACAACUCAGACGAAAAUUCUACGACAUGUAAACCUGAAUCCUGCAAAGAUACAGAAUUCAAGUGUAAAAAUGGCAAAUGUAUACCUGGAAAUUGGCGAUGUGAUGGAGAACAAGAUUGCUUUGAUUUUUCUGAUGAAGAUCCAGCUAUUUGCCGAAUCAGAAAUUGUACGACAGAUCAAUUUACGUGUCGUUCAGGAAAUGGUGAAUGCGUGGCAUUGGCUUGGAUGUGUGAUGAUAGUCCCGACUGUUCAGAUGGUUCAGAUGAGACUGAUUGCAAUGACACAUGUCGAACGGAUCAGUUUACCUGUUCAAAUAAAAAAUGUAUUCAAAGUAAAUGGGAAUGUGAUCAAGAUGCAGAUUGUGAUGAUGGAAGUGAUGAAAAAGAUUGUGCUCCAUUAACUUGUCGUCCAGAUAUAGAAUUUAGUUGUUCACAAGGUUAUUGUAUAACAUCUAAAUGGCGUUGUGAUGGUGAUUAUGAUUGUCCUGAUCAUUCAGAUGAACUUGGCUGUAAAAAUACAUUAACUGAUGGACAAAUUAAUCAUUGUGCUGAGCAUGAAUUUCCAUGUGGUGAUCAUUUAACAUGUAUUCAUUGGAGUUGGGUUUGUGAUAAUGAAAAAGAUUGUCCAAAUGGUGCUGAUGAGGCACCAGAUAGAUGUCGAAAUAUGACAUGUAGAGCAGAUCAAUUUCGAUGUGGUGAUCAUACAUGUAUUUUAGGACAUUCGUAUUGUGAUGGAAAACAAGAUUGUAAAGAUGGUAGUGAUGAGAAAAAUUGUACAUCAAAAGUAGCACAAUGUGAUCCUGAGACUCAAUUUGAAUGUAGCAAAGGUUCAUGUAUACCUUUAGAUCAAGUUUGUAAUAAAAAACCAGAUUGUCUUGGUUGGGAAGAUGAGAGUCAAGAACUUUGUGGUACAAAUGAAUGUCUACAAAAUAAUGGUGGAUGUAGUCAAAUAUGUAUUGAUAUGCCAAUUGGUUAUCGUUGUGCAUGUAGAGAAGGUUAUAGAUUGAUUGAUAAUCAUACCUGUGAUGAUAUAGAUGAAUGUUUAGAACCAGGAAGUUGUUCACAAUAUUGUUUAAAUGAAAAAGGAACAUAUAAAUGUAGUUGUGCAUCUGGUUAUUUAAGAGAUCCAAAAAAUUUAACAAGAUGUAAAGCAUCAGAAGGACAUGCUAGUUUAUUAUUUACAAGACGUCAUGAUAUUAGAAAAGUUGCUCUUGAUCGUAAAGAAAUGACGGAAAUUGUUAAUGAUACUAAAAUGGCAACAGCUUUAGAUUUUGUAUUUAGAACUGGUAUGAUUUUUUGGAGUGAUGUUAAUGAAAAAAAAAUUUAUAAAGCACCAAUUGAUGAAGGUCAUGAUAGAACAGUUGUUGUUGAUAAAGAUUUAACAACAACUGAUGGUUUAGCUGUUGAUUGGAUUUAUAAUCAUAUUUAUUGGACAGAUGCACAAAAAAAUACUAUUGAAUUAGCAAAUUUUGAAGGUAAUAUGCGUAAAACAUUAAUUAGAGAUCAAAUACAAGAACCAAGAGCAAUCGCACUUAAUCCUCUUGAAGGAUGGAUGUUUUGGACUGAUUGGGGAGAUGAAGCAAGAAUUGAACGUGCUGGUAUGGAUGGAUCUCAUCGUUCGGUUAUUGUUGGUAAUGAUGUUUCUUGGCCAAAUGGUUUAACACUGGAUUUAAUUGGUAAACGAGUUUAUUGGGUUGAUGCAAAAUUACACAUUGUUGCUUCAUCAAAUUAUGAUGGUACUGGUAGACGAACAAUUCUUUACUCUUUGGAUAGUUUACGACAUCCAUUUAGUAUAACGACAUUUGAAGAUUAUAUUUAUUGGUCAGAUUGGGAUAAACAAACAAUUUUUAAAGCUAAUAAAUUUACUGGAAAAGAUAUUGAAGCUGUUACACCACUGAGAUCACUUCAACAUCCAAUGGUUGUUCAUGUUUAUCAUCCUUACAGACAAUCUGAUGGAAUGAAUCAGUGUCAAGCUGUUAAUGGACAUUGUAGUCAUCUUUGUUUACCUGCUCCAAAAAUUAAUUCACAAUCACCAUUAUUGAGUUGUGCAUGUCCUGAUGGACUUGAAUUAUUAUCUGAUGGUCUUAUGUGUGUUGAAAAUGUAACAGCUAGUGUGGCACCAACAACACAAGAACCUUUGAGGACUUUCAAGAGACUUGAGACUAUAAUUUCUUCUACUCCUGGUGAUAUGGAUGCUAAAAAUAGUAACGAAAGUCACAGCUUUAGUAAUGAACCGACUAAGCCUGGUUUAAUUGCAGGAAUAGUAAUUGGCAUAGUAACUCUUAGCCUUUUAUUACUUGCUGCAAUUUCUGUACUUUGCUAUAGACAUUACUUGCAUAGAAAUGUGACGAGUAUGAACUUUGAUAAUCCUGUAUACAAAAAGACAACUGAAGAUCAAUUUAGCUUGGAAAAAAAUAGAUUUCCUCUAGCAAGUGCACCUGUUGGGGAAGAGGCACAAGAACCACUUACAAGUCCUGGUACCAAUGACUACGUUUAAGCUCAAUGAUUAAAUAGUAUAUAUUUUGGAACAAGUUGCUAAAGAGGUGAUGUGCACAUCUUCAUGUACUAACAGACGUAUGAUUCAAGAAACCAAAAGCGAUAGUUAUUAACAGAGUGCUCACGUUUAUUGUUCAAAAAGAAGGAAGAGUGCGUCCGACAAUACCGGAGUAAUGAGCAGACCACCUCUUUAGCAUCAUGUAUCUAAUUAUAUUCUUCUUCAUGAAAGCACUCAACAUGUUUGAGAGCAUCGCUGCUCAAACGCAAAAUGUUUGAUUGUCCAUAUAUUACCAACGACAAAUAAAAACUUAUUCAUCGUUUUUUUUUAACGCUUACUAAAAGUUUUGUUUUAUCGUUCAACAGGUUUAUGAGAUACUAAACAUUUUACAUAUUGAAUAGCGAUGCAAAAAACAAACAUUUUGAGUUUUAAAAUGUAUAAAAAUAACAGUUAUCAAAAGCCAAAAACAAGUGGUGUAAUAUCAUGACAAUUAAUAUGAUUUUCAAUAUUGUGAAAAAAAAAGAAAAAUGACAAUUACUAAAAUAAUGAUGAAGGAUUAAUCUUCUUGCUAUAUGAGUCAACUGAUUAUGCCAAUCAAGCUGUGAUUAUGUUUAUUUUUUGUUGUUUUGAUUUUUCUUAAUAUUUUAUUUGUAAUUAUGUUUUUAUUAACUUGAUUAUUGAAAAUUACUAUAAUUGUUUGUAUAUAGUAGUCUUACAUAGCGCAAAAAUAUACAGUAAAAAAAAGAAAAAAAAUAAAUAAUAUAACAAUGUACUAAAAAAAAAAUAUUCCAAUUAAGAUUUUCUAGCGAGACCACCAAAUUAGUUUGACGAAAUUUGUUUGAAAAAAUAAGUGUUUAUGUUAGACAAUUAAUUUUUUGUUGUGCAUCAUUUGGUGGCAUUUAUAUUUUUUUAAAUAGCUCAAAGUAAAAAAUAAUUCUAAUGCAUACGUGUGUGUUUCACCAUGGAAGUUUUGUUAAAUAUUUUAUUUUUUUUUCUUUCUAAAUUGUGUUCUACGGCUUUUUUACAUUCUAGCAAUAUUAAAUAAUCAUAAUCAAUAAGGAUUUUUGGUUGUUAAUAUGUUCCUGAUGAAUUU